AUGAAUGAAAGCGACUACGUGGUACAAUUAACCGAGGUUGGGCAUGUUGAUUGUCAAAAUGUUUGCCCUGAUACCCAAAGCUGUCAAAGUUCUUUAAAAGUUGAGGAGGAGGAGGAGGAUGAAGAUGUAGAUUUUAAUCCCUUUUCAAAGGAAACCCUUUCACCUGAAGCUUCCUCAAGCUUGAGUUCUGAAAUUGAUGGCUUGGAUGUUGAUGUAGUCGACAGUGGGGGAAAGGUCUUCGAUAAUGGUGUUGGAAUUAAUCUAUCAAAGCCAACUAGCGAGGUGCAAAACUCUGUCGUUGGAGAUUCUGAGCAUGGCGAGGUGGAAACUGUUAUGCAAGCUACAGUAUCCCCCGAAGGAGUGUGCGAGAAAGAAUUGCUAAAUUCUGUUUCCUGA